UGGUGAAAAUUAGGCUUUUUAAAUUUCCCAGCCAGUGCUGGUGGCUGUAGCUGAGCCCUUCAGGCUCUGCUGGCUAUGAACAAUGGAGAUACAGAUCUUUUUUUCCUUUUUUUCCCUUUUAAAAAAAAUGUUAAACGUAAGACAUUUGGCACUUGUGAUUAAUUGUGGCCCCUCCUACUGUGCCAGUUGAAACCACUCCCUACAUAAUCAAAACCUAUCACUCCCCAUGAUUCUGAAGGUAUUUUACAUUUCAGUCAAGCUUUUGUGCACUGAACCACAUUUCUUACAGACAGUACAUUUGAAAAAAAGGAAAUAUAUUUUUUAGGAGACAAAUAAGAAUGACUUUAACAGCACCUUGUUUUCAGAGCUUAGAGUAAAUUCAAGCUUGAAGCACUAACCUGCUUUAAUUUAAAAUACCGGAAUAUAUAAUCUAUUGGUUUAGUGUUUAUUUCUGUUUUUCAGUUCAGAAUCCAACACAUAUAGCAUUUAAACUGCUGCUAGAAGAAUUUCAGAUUAUAUAUUUAUGAAUGUAGAAUCAUAGCACAGAGUUCAGAUCUGAUCUUUGGGUAGCUUGUUAUAGUGUUGAGUAAAUUUUAGCACAGGGCUCAUUGUACUUACAUGUGUUCAGGUUCUGUAUUUUUUUAUUUCAACUGUGCCUUCUGUCAUGGCUUGGAUGACUUAUAUUUCCCACUGGUUUGAUGAAGAUGAUUGGUAUGAAGGACAACAACGAGCAAAAAUGUCACAGGUCAGACAAGUGGGACUUCUAGCUGCUGGAUGUCAGCCAUGGAACAAGGAUGUAUGUGCUGCUAGUGGGGACAGAUUUGCCUACUGUGCUACCCUUGCUAUUUAUAUUUAUCAGCUGGAUCACCGAUACAAUGAAUUCAAGCUCCGGGCAAUUAUGUCUGAGCAUAAGAAGACAAUCACAGCCAUAUCUUGGUGUCCCCACAAUCCUGACAUGUUUGCAAGUGCCAGUGCAGAUAGUUUAGUGAUUAUUUGGAAUGUGACUGAACAGAAAGUUGUGGCCAAGCUGGACAAUACAAAAGGAAUUCCUGCGUCACUUAGCUGGUGCUGGAAUGCAGGUGAUGCAGUUGCAUUUGUGUCCCACAGAGGUCCGUUGUACAUUUGGACUAUCUCAGUACCUGACAGCGGGGUAACUGUGCAUAAAGAAGCACAUAGUUUCUUGUCCGAUAUCAGUCUGUUCAGAUGGCAUCCAAAGAAAAAAGGAAAGGUAGUAUUUGGACAUACUGAUGGAAGCCUCUCUCUUUUUCAGCCAGGUUCUAAAAAUCAGAAACAUGUCUUAAGACCAGAGUCUCUUGAAGGAACAGAUGAAGAGGAUCCAAUUACAGCGCUGGAGUGGGACCCUUUGUCAACUGACUACCUUCUUGUUGCUAAUUUGCAUAAUGGUAUUCGACUAGUUGAUUCUGAAUCUCUGUCCUGUAUCACAACUUUCAAUUUUCCCAGUGCAGUAGCAUCUGUUCAGUGUUUAGCCUGGGUUUCUAGUGCACCUGGAAUGUUCAUAACUGGAGAUUCUCAGGUUGGUGUGUUACGUGUUUGGAAUGUGUCACAUGCAACACCUAUAGACAAUUUUAAACUGAAGAAAACUGGCUUCCAUGGUUUGCAUGUACUAAGUUCUCCUCCAAAGAAAAAGUCAUGUUCAUCACAGCGUCCUACUAAAAAUCACUAUACGUCCUCAACAAGUGAGGCUAUUCCUCCUCCAACUUUAACCCAAAACCAAGCAUUUUCUCUUCCUCCUGGUCACGCUGUCUGUUGCUUCAUGGAUGGUGGAGUAGGACUUUAUGACAUGGGAGCCAGAAAGUGGGAUUUCCUUAGAGAUUUGGGACAUGUUGAGACCAUCUUUGAUUGCAAAUUCAAACCUGAUAACCCUGAUCUUCUUGCUACAGCUUCAUUUGAUGGCACAAUAAAAGUUUGGGACAUAAAUACUUUAACAGCGGUUUACACAUCUCCUGGUAAUGAGGGGGUUAUUUAUUCCAUUUCUUGGGCUCCAGGAGAUCUGAACUGCAUAGCAGGUGCAACAUCCAGAAAUGGUGGCUUCAUCUGGGAUGUCCAAAAAGGCAAAAUGAUAACCAGAUUCAGUGAGCAUGGAAAGAAUGGAAUCUUCUGCAUUGCCUGGAGUCAUAAAGAUUCCAAAAGAAUAGCAACCUGCAGCAGUGAUGGAUUUUGUAUUAUUCGAACCAUUGAUGGCAAGAUUCUUCACAAGUACAAACAUCCAGCUGCUGUAUUUGGCUGUGAUUGGAGUCAAAACAAUAAAGAUAUGAUAGCUACUGGUUGUGAGGAUAAAAAUGUUCGUGUUUAUUACUUGGCAACCAGCUCUGAUCAGCCACUGAAAGUUUUUACAGGGCAUACUGCAAAGGUGUUUCAUGUACGGUGGUCUCCUCUGAGAGAAGGAAUCCUCUGCAGUGGCUCUGAUGAUGGUACUGUUCGAAUAUGGGAUUAUACACAGGAUGCUUGUAUAAAUGUUCUUAGUGGACAUACAGCUCCAGUACGGGGACUGAUGUGGAAUCCUGAAAUUCCUUACCUUCUGGUAUCUGGCAGUUGGGACUAUACAAUUCGAGUCUGGGACACAAGAGAUGGAACAUGUUUGGACACAGUUUGUGAUCAUGGUGCAGAUGUAUAUGGAUUAACGUGUCAUCCUAGUCGUCCAUUUACUAUGGCAUCUUGCUCUCGUGACUCCACUGUGAGACUCUGGUCAUUGACACCUCUUAUAAAUCCUCUACAAAUAAAUAUCUUAGCAGAUAGAUGUUGGGAUGAGAUUAUUGGUAAUACAGAUCGUGCUGUGGAAUCUGGUGCUCCUCCUUUGCUGUGUGGUAAAGUUUCCAGAGAUAUUAAACAAGAUGUGGAAAAAAAAACAGGAAAUGCUCGAGUAAAAAAACUAAGGUGGUUUUCAGAAUGUUUUACACCUCCAGGAGGCAGCAAAAAUUUAUGGGAUUUGGUUGCUGUAAUAAAAGGACAGGAUGACAGUUUACUUCCACAAAACUACUGCAAAGGAAUUAUGCACAUGAAACAUCUCAUUAGAUUUAAAAUGUCCAGGGCACAAGAACUGACAACAGUAAAAAUGUCCAAGUUUGGAGGUGGUAUUGGUGCACCAAGCAAAGAAGAGAGGCUUAAAGAAGCUGCAGAAAUACAUUUAAGAUUAGGACAAAUUCAGCGAUAUUGUGAACUAAUGGUAGAACUUGGAGAGUGGGACAAAGCUCUCUCAGUUGCACCUGGUGUUUCAAUGAAAUAUUGGAGGAAGUUAAUGCAAAGGAGAGCUGAUCAGUUAAUUCAGGAAGAAAAUGAUGAUGUCAUCCCAUACUGUAUAGCUGUUGGAGACGUGAAGAAACUAGUGUCUUUCUUUACUGCAAGAGGCCAACUUAAAGAGGCUCUUCUUGUUGCACAGGCAGCUUGUGAGGGAAACAUACAGAUAUCACCACUCUCCACAACAGGUGGAUCUUCAAAUUCUGGUGGAAACAAUACAGAUGAUUAUAAUGAGCUUCUGCACAAGGUCAGUAAAGAACUGGCAGAAUGGUAUUUCCAGGAUGGCCAUGCAGUGCUUGCAGCAUGUUGCCAUCUGGCUGUUGAAAAUAUAGAGCUUGCGAUGGCAAACCUGAUUCGUGGAAAUGAACUGGAGUUGGCAAUCAGUGUGGGUACUGUCUUAGGAGAAAGUGCAGCACAAGCAACACAUUAUGCCCUAGAAUUACUAGCAAGAAAAUGUAUGACAGUAACAACAUGGGAUUUAGCAGCUGAUCUUCUUAUGAUGAUUCCUGAUAAUAAACUGCAGUUAGCAAAGCUGUGCGCUUUUUAUCCUGGAUGCACAGAAGAAAUAAAUGACCUGCAUGAAAAGUGUAAUCUUCCUGAUGUAGAAGAAUGUAUGCGGUUGGCAGAGACAAUUCAGGCAGAUGGAGAUAUAUUUGAAACUAUAAAGUACUAUCUGUUAAGCACAGAACCUGAAAAGGCUCUCCCUAUUGGCAUUCAGUAUGUGAAAAAGCAACUUUGUGGCUCAGAUUGGACUUUAGAUUCCAUCUGUCCGUACCUUGAUCUUCUAAGUUAUAUACGCACUGAACGAUUAGUGUUGCAUAAAUGUAAUGAAUUUCGGAAUGAGUUGCUGAUUUUGUGUGGUUACAUUGGUGCUUUACUUGCUAUCAGAAGACAGUACAAUAGCAUUGUACCUGCACUUUAUGAGUAUACAAGUCAGCUUUUGAAAAGGCGGGAAGUAUCUGUACCUUUGAAAAUUGAACAGCUUUCUGAGGAACUAGAUGCAUGGAGAGCUUGUACUCAGUUAAACAAGCCUACCGAUGAAUCGCCAUGCACCCCGCCAUCUGAAUUGCAGAGAAUGGUGUAUUCCAUACUUGUAUCACGAAUACAAGAGGAGCCUUUGAAAGGAAUGAUUGGGCCAGACUGCGUCACUGGAUCAAAUCUUCCUAGUCAUUCAGAUGUUCACAUCUCUUGUUUGACAGGGCUAAGGAUACAGGGUCCAGUGUUCUUCCUCGAAGAUGGCAAAUCUGCUAUUUCACUGAAUGAUGCUUUGAUGUGGGCCAAAGUGAAUCCUUUUUCGCCACUAGGAACAGGAGUACGACUUAACCCAUUUUGAUGAGGUGUUUUUCUCUGUACUUUGUAGUGCUUAAAAUACCACUCUGGGGGUUAGUAAUGAUUUCAUCCUUGGUUGUCAAAGGACAGAAAGAUGGCAGUUGACUCCUCCUGAAGGGAAAUUAUUUGGACUUUGAAAAUUGUAAAAUGAGAAUAAGAAAAGGGUUUCCGUACAAAUGUUUGUUGAUAAUCCAAAGAAAAAGUUAUUUAAGAAUCCAAAGAAAAAAAAAGUCCUAACUACAUAGAUAGCCAUGUCUUUUUUUAAGUAAGAAAGAAUAGUGUUGUCAGACAAUACAGACAUAUCAGUCCACUCUGUGUAAACAGAAUCCUUGUAAAGAAAGUAAGCAACUAUCAGCAUGUUGUCAAAAUAUUGAUAACAAAUUGUGAUAUCCAUAAACACACUUUCAAAUACAUAAUUUCAGAUACAUAAUAGAAUGACUUUAUUGCUGGGAUCUGCAACCUGUUUUUAAAAUGACUGGAAUCCUGUGGCUGUUUCAUACAUGGUGUUCUCCUUUUUAAUUUUAACUAGGUUUUACACACAGGAUUCUAUAGCAAAAGUUAGAUAAUUUUUUUCAUCCAUUAGUUAUUGUGCUUUAAUAGCAGUAUAAAGAUGUUUAAUAAUGCGUUGUUUAGGCAGGUUUGACUAUCUAGAUUAUAGAAUUCUAUUUUCUAGUAAGUUCAUUUUUGGCAACUGUCCCCCGUAUACUUUCAUUGGAAGCUAAAAUCUAUUUAUAAACUUUAUUUUUUUUUUUUUUUUAAACAAAGGGUUCGUAAGGAACAAACAGCAAAUGUAUUGAAAUCAUUUAAAUAUUAUAUACAUUAAAAAUACCUGUUUUCCUUCUACAUUUUAUACUAGUUAUAAAUAUACAUAUAGUAUGAAAGACCAGAAGUAUAUACUUGUGCAUAUAUUUUUAUUUACUAAAGCUGUGCUCAAACGGAAAGAAAAUUUUGGCAAUAGAAUACCAAGAAUAUUUAAAUUUUAAAGCUGUGUAUAGUAUGGAAUUUAAUCAUAAGACAAAUCUUCUUAAUAAUUACUAAGACAUCUUAAAAUCAGAAUUGCCUGUAGAAAAGAUGCCUUGGUUAUAGUAUUCUGUAUUAGCUUAAUUGAUGGCACACAAGCAGAAAUCUGCUUUACCUGUUGUUACGUUUUUUGCUGCUGCUUCAAAAUAAUUUUUAAAAUCCUGCCAGAUACAUAAAAUGGAAAGAAGUAGAAAUUGAAAACUGGCAGAACUAUUUCUAGAGAAACUGCUGUGAAGCUGGAAGUAACACACAGUCUCUUUCUGCAGACCGUAUUGAACAAAAUCCUCAAUAUAUAGGUAAGCAGUGCCCUCAUUUAACUGGAUAUAACAAUGCCACCAUGCUGGAAAGGUGGGAUGGAGAUUAGAAACUUAAAAAAAUCAUUUCGUUUUCAUUUUUUUUCCUCUUAAAAAAGUUAAGAAUUCGUUCUGAUGAUGUUCUAGGCUAUUAUUACGGGGUUUCUGGUAUAUGAACAUACUGGGCAAGGCAAAAAAAGCUUAGUUGGUUUUCAGCCUAUACAGAAACAUUUUUGUUUAUGCUUGGGUGCUGGAACAGAAUGUUUUACUUUUUGCAGAGAUUGUUUGGAAAAUGUUUUCCUUUCUUUAACCCUGGGACCUUGGGAAUGAGAGUUUGAUUUCUGAAAUAAAAAUUCAUAGUUUUUGAAAUAAA